AUGUCAUCGACACCUCUCCCGAGCUCCAUAAAUGGCUCCUACGAAACUCCAACCUCCCGAGUCGAUACCUCGCCUACCCCCGAGCUCGACGUUAAGAAACUAGCCUCCCUCCCCUCCGAACAACAAGACCUCUACCUCCUAACCUUCGUCUCGACUCUCACCAAACAUGUCGAGAGCUUGGCAGCAGACGACUGCACGGCACAGCAACUAUAUCUCAAGAAGGAGCUCCUACAGAUCCUGAAUCUAGCCGCUCCUCCACCGACAAGAGUAAUACGAAAUAAUCUAGGGAGAUGCUUUGCGCAUGUACUGGGGAAGGGGGACAGGAAGUUGUUGUUUGAGACGGUGAAUGACCUGGUGGGGAUUAUUGGGAGUGGGAAGGCGAAGACGGAGGGCGAUUUGAGGACCAAGCACGCGGCUGUUUACUGUCUGGGAGAUGUGUUUGCGGCUGCGGGAGAUAGUGCUAUUGGAUUGCACCCUCUGGCAUGCACCGCUCUUCUGAAGCUCUUGAAACCUGCUCAGAAUAAUGCAGGGCUACGGGCCGCAAUAUUCAGGGCCUCGGGAAAGAUAACUGGCAUGGUUGGAACGAGCAUGGAUGAGAGCAUAUCGAGAGAUGCGUGGAAGCAAGCACGGAGUUAUGCAUCGAGUGAUAAGUCUUGCUUGGUUCAGAUUGCAGCAUGCAAGUGUUUGAAGUUGUUGUCGAAACAUACCCCCUAUUUCGAUAAUUCGAGCGAUUUCGACAACCUUAAAUCAACUAUAUUCAAGACUAUUGACUCGUCGAGUCCGUUGGUACGGCAGGCAGCGGGAGACUGCCUAGCGGAGGCUUUGGUCAAGAAUCACUCGGAGGACGCGGUGCAGGAUAAUGAUAUCCCGAAGAUCAGGAAGCCAAAAAGGACCAAUACCAAACGUCAGUCCAUGGCACCAGGUGCGGAUGAUGAGGAGAUCCAAAGACCCGAGAGUCCCGGUCCAAAGAAGAGCCACGUUCUAUCCUUUACUCUCCAGGAAAUGCUCAAGCAGCUAUCAACAUUUUAUGUUAAGCCCUCUACAAGCAAUAAAGCCAGAUCUGGGAUAGUUGUUUGCUAUACUAGGAUCUUCAAGAGCUUGAGUGAGAGAAACGUGGAGACAAUGUACAUGAAGAUUGUGGAUCAUCUAACCAUCGAUGUCCUGAGCCACCCCAACAUCACCGCCAACCGUUACCGUCUAUUGGCUACUAGGAGAUUUGUGCAAAUCAUUUUGGAAGAGGCUAUUGGGCAAUCAAUUCUCGGAGAGUCAGGCCAAAUAGAUUCCGCCAAGUCUUUGAUCAACGACAUCCUCAAGAACUAUCCGCAGGUCAUCAAGGAGCGCCCUGAGCCUGGCAAGCAUGCGCUCAUUGCUGUCCUGAGUGCUCUAGCAUCGUUGAUCAAGACACUAGGCCCUGCUGCGAACGCCUUCUCCGACUCGUGUCGAGAUGGUUUGUUGCAGGUUCUUCAGCAUCCAAGCUACACUGUUCAAGUGUAUACAUCCUUUUGCUUGCGGACAUUUGCUUUGGCCUGUCCGCAACAAUUAUUGCCUUGCCUCACUAUCUGCAUGAACAGCGUCAAUCGCGAGUUAAACUUACUGUCGACGGGCAGAAAUUCUCCUCGCCGCUGUGUAGGAUAUGCAAAUGGUCUCUCUGCGAUGAUCAGCACGGCGCCUCUGCAACCUCUCUAUGGCUCUGUCGAUGUCAACAGCCGUGUUCUAUCACUUGCAACUGGGCUCCUCAAAUCUAGUAGCAAGUCUGAGUUGCGCGUCUCCAGCACCCAAAUUCAAGUAGCCUGGAUCUUGAUCGGCGGUCUCAUGUCUCUGGGUCCCAAUUUCGUCAAGAUCCACCUCUCUCAACUCCUUCUACUGUGGAAGAACGCUCUUCCCAAACCGCUUGCAAAAGACAACACGUCUCAGCGCAGCUAUUUGGAAUCUUCCUUUCUUACACAUGUGAGAGAGUGUGCUCUGGGCUCCAUUUUGGCUUUUCUGCAAUUCAAUAGCAGACUCUUGACUGUAGACGUGUCGAAACGAAUUGCUGCAAUGCUCCAAAAUACGACUGCAUUUCUAAAGACCCUUCCGCCGAGAAAGACUACGGAGGAUAUCACGCAACGGCUCAUGCCAUCUUUACAACUACUUGAUUUCGAUCUCAUGGUACAGCGACGCGUGCUUCAAUGCUACACCAAGCUGGUCAAUCUCAGCCCGGCUGGCGGGAGUGAAGCUUUACUACAAUCCAAUCUUCUCACUCUGGCCGUAUCAUUUUUCGCCGAUCCUGACAAUUAUACCCCAAGCUCAUUAAGUACGUCAAUCGCAAGCUCCGCUGGCAAUUUUGAAAGUAUCUGGGACAUUGGGGACAAUUGCGGCUUUGGAGUCACAGGCUUAGUCCGUGGCUUCGAAGUCAAAAGCCUUGCUGGCCAAAAUGCCAAUGAUAUCAACGAUGCUUGGAUGUCCGAGAGUGGGGCCGACAAUGCCAUCUCGAAGGUCUUGUUAUCGCCAAUAUGCAGCUCCCUCGAACACGACUCGCUCUCCCUGUACCUGGGCAAUCUGGGGGCAUCGGAUGCUCUUCCAGAUCCCCCUGCGACUGAAGUUGUCAACAUAGCCAUUAAACUAUUCGCUAUUGCCUUUCCUCUUACUCCUCCCAAGAUCCAGGAAAGUAUCCUUGAGCAAGUCGCUACCUUCCUUUCGGCAGGAUCGCUGCAACGAGAUCCUGGACGGAAAGCAGCGAUGAAUAUCAACGUCGCAACCGCCCUCUUGAGCACUCUGAAGGUUGCCGUGAAGGAGACGCAGUCCCCAUCAGGCGACUUGACGAACGCCGCGGUUGAAAAGCUCAUGCAAGAGAUAAUAAGAACGUUCGUUAUUCAUCCUGAUCAAUACCUCCGAAACAUUGGAUACGAAGCACUCGCCAGAUUAUGCAAUAGUUCCGGUAAUGCCUACACGAAUUCGGAGAUCAAGUAUCUCGUCGACACGAUUGUCGGGAAUCGUGAACCAAGUGCCAGGGCCGGAUGCGCGAUGGCCUUGGGUUGUAUUCAUUCCCAGGUUGGCGGCAUGGCUGCUGGUUUUCAUCUGAAGACGAUUCUGGGGAUACUGAUGUCCCUGUGCAAUGAUCCGCACCCCACGGUCCACUUCUGGGCUUUGGAGGCCUUAGCCCGAGUGGCAGACUCGGCGGGGCUGACGUUCUCUGGUUAUGUGUCCAGUACACUUGGUAUAAUCAGCCAGCUGUACGUUGCAGACACACAUAAUGAGGAGAUCUCCUCUAUCGCAACGUCAAACUUGGAGCUAGAGUUACCCACGACGGCGGUCAUUGCACGAUGCGUGGACUCCCUUGUUAAUGUACUAGGACCAGAUUUGCAAGACCUCAGCAAAGCUCGAGAGCUGAUCCUGACUCUUGUGGGGCAGUUUCAAGGCGAGGAGAACACUCUGGUCCUGGGUGGUAGUCUCCGCUGUCUUGAGCAUCUUGCUCUGUACGCUCCCGGCCACAUGCACUUCUCUGACUAUGUGGUUCUACUGCAGAAAGACCUCAAUUCAGAGUACCCCGAGCUUCGAGACAUUGCCAUCGACGGAUUGUAUAACCUCAUGAAGCGCAAUUCAGAAGACGUGGUCAAGGCUGCAGAAGCAGGUUUUGAAGAUCAGCUUUGGUUGGCUCUGGAUUCAGAUCCAAGCCACGAAGGAAUCAGGAACGUCAUCAGAAACUGGCUCCAACAAUCUUGCCUCACUGAAACUACCCGCUGGCUUCAGAGAUGCCAAACUGUUCUGAGCAUGACGAGACCGAAAGCAGUGGAGACGGCCACAGCUUCCGCAAUGAAGAGUGUCAUGCCAGACUUGCAGGAUGAAGAAGUUGCUGGGUUUGCUGCUGCGUCUGGCGAUGCAAAAGACGAUGGUACGAAGGCUUCGGGCUCGGAUCAAGAACCAUUGCGAUGGCAGGUUCGAACAUUCGCCAUGGGCUGUCUCGGCGAAAUGUUCCAGCUCAUCAGCAAAGCUUCACCUCCUGAUAGAACAUCCCCAGCAGAGAUGGCUUUGCAAAAACGGAUCGCUGAUAUCAUUCGAAUGGCAUUCUCAGCAUCGACCUCUAAUGUCGUUGAGCUCCGAGUAUGGGGUUUGAAGAUCAUCGAUGCUGUUCUGAAGAUGUUCGGCAAAACUCCCGAUCCUGACUUUCCCGAGGCACCACUGCUGGAGCAGUACCAGGCACAAAUCAGCUCAGCGCUCACACCUGCUUUCGCUGCUGAUUCAUCGCCCGAGCUCGCAUCGGAAGCUGUCAAUGUUUGUGCUCAAUUCAUUGCCACAGGCAUCGUCACUGAUGUUGAGCGAAUGGGUCGUAUUCUGAAAACACUGGUCACUGCUCUCGAGAACUUCUCGACCGAGGCCGAGAUUCAAUCAAUUGGAGAAUUAAAGGGCCUCAGCUCCAACGCACAAGUCAUGGUGAAGAUGGCAGUCUUUUCGGCUUGGGCAGAACUACAAGUCGCAAGCACAGAGCAACACUAUUUGGUCGAUGUCUUGAAGCCAUACAUCGGAACUCUAACGCCUUUGUGGCUAGCUUCAUUGCGUGAAUUUGCCAGACUCAGAUUUGAACCAGAUAUCUCGAUGAGCUUGGGUCCUCCAUCCUUGUCUGGCAGCUUGGAUAGUAUCUACUCAGCUCUAAACCGUGAGACUCUAUUGAGAUUCUAUCAAGAGUCAUGGCUUAAACUCGUCGAUGCCAUUGCGAGUCUGAUCGAGCAAGACAGCGAGUUUGUCUUCGACGCUCUGGACGGCAAGGAGGCUGAUGCACCUGCUACAAACGGCCAUUCCAAAGGGAAUGAUAUCAACUACCGAGAUGAACCUGUCGCAUUCUUCUUUGUGCUCUUUGGGAUUGCUUUCGAGGCUCUCGUUGCCCGGCCGGGAAGCGAUGCACUUGCUUCCAAGGAGCAGACCCUCGAAAUUCUUCAAGCUCUCAAAAAAAUCUUGCACCCAAGCGUUUCUGGCCAUGCGAUUUACCGCGAGGCAAUCUUCUCGGAAACGAUGGACCUGCUUGAUCGACUUGUGCUCACUGAGGGUCUUGAUGUCCAGGGCGUUAUUGUGCAGAUCGCUCGAGGGCUAUGUAUUUCUCAUCCAUCCGCGACGAAAGUGGAAGCAGCAGAAGAUGGUGAUUUGUCAGAAGACAUCGAGCAACUCUUCGAGUUGACGCGGAUCAUUGUUCUUGUUCUCGCCGGACUUCUGCCAAAUCUCAUUGAGGCCAAGCAACCUGCCCGGCACGCAUUAACGGAUGAUGCAGUGUCUCUCGUUCGCCUGUCUUUGAACGCUCUCGUCGAUGCAGCAGAAGUCUUCCCAUCUAUCAUCAAGACCGACCUGCACGCCUGCAUCAUCCACAUAUUUGCCACGAUCCUGGGCACAGCAAGGUGUCAAGCUGUGGUUGUCCCGCAAUCACUUCCAAUCCUUAAACGAUUUAUGACGAGCAUUUCGACACCACCUAAGAAAGGCCGCGACCCUCAAGAUACAAACCUCACUCAAAUCCAAGGCUGUCUCAAACGCUUUCUAUCUAUAUAUCUCAAUGCCCAAAAGCGCGAAACCGAGGCUUCACUCCCAUGCGUCAAGAACUCUCUUCUAGCAUCCACGGUCCUCCUCACCAGCGGUAAGAACUACAUGUCAGCCAGCGAACCACUCGUCUCUCGCUUCCUCGACGAAGUCAUUGAUUGCCUGAGUGAUCGCAUGACUGCCAAAGUAGCAUCGGGCUGCAUCCGAACGCUCCUCUUGCAAUCUCCCAAAACGCCAGCCGAUCAAAGCAUAUCCCGCUACCUCCUGCCUCGUCUGAUUGCCUUCGCAACCAACGCGGAAUCCGAAGACCCAGAGAAUGCUCGAGCACUAGUAGCCCAUGCCCUCACGGCAUUCGUGACAACAUUGGCGGGACCGCAAAAAGGCGUCGCCAUGUCGGUCAUCGUGCCGACUUUACUUGCGAGAGCAAACAGUGAAGGUGAAGAAGUAUACAGAGAGACGAGUGCAAGGUUAUUGGAUUUGGCGGGGAGCGAUCAGGCUGCUUUCAGGGGCGUGGUUGCUGGUAUGACAGAUGCGCAGAAGCAGUUUAUGGAGAGUGUUAUUGUUGCUGGCAGGCAGGCGGGCCAGGGACAAGGCAAGGCUAAAGAUGGCGAUGGAGAGGAAAGGGAACCUACGAUUGCAUUGAGGAUGGACUUUGGUGUGUAG